AUGAGAAUUUCGAUAGCUCUCCCUACGAUUUCCAGUGAAUUACUCAAUUCAACCGAGCUAGACACAUUCCUAUUAAAUCUAAAUGCUUCAUCGAAUCGACGACUAUUAUUUUAUGAUGAGAAUAUCAGUGGUUAUAUAAUAUAUACAGAUACGGCUAACGAAGAGAAUAUACCAUAUAAUGCCUAUUUAGAGGCUUCGAUAUUAUCUGGUGAGCAUGAUACUGCGAAUAGUAUCCUUAUUGCUUCAAGAUCUGUGCCUGAUGUCGAUGGAAAUGAGGAUGAAGAGAGCAAAACUGGAAAUGAGAGCCUCAUUUCUAGUCAGUCACUAGAAUCACUGAACAUAAUUUUUAGUGGGGUCAAAGAUGAUACGCAUUAUACCAUUUGGAAGUUUACCAUACCUAUCACUUAUCCAAGAAAGAAAUGCAAUGAUCCUCAUGUCGUGUUUUCAUGCUGGGUAGACCCCAGCGUUGUUGGAUCAGUUGAUACGUCUAUAAAGAGCGAACUCAAAAGCAGCUUACCAGAUUAUAGAGCCCCAAUUUCUGUGAAUCUAUUUUCUGAAUUAAACAACAAUGUCUCGUCGACUAUAGAUUCGGGUACAAAUUACCAACUCUUAGGAGAUAUUUUCAAAAGUAAUGAAGCGUCUGAAAAGGUGUCAACGUCAACAAUUCAAACUGAAAGCGAUGCCAAAAAUAGCAGCAUUAGUACAAGUCUAAGCAUACCCGUUUCGGUAUCUUUGAUAAUUCGACUUAAAUCCACGAAACCUGCUGGAAAGAAUGAAGUCUUGCUCACUAAUCUAAAUCUUGAAUCAUCCGAAGAAAUUACGAAACUUACUGAAAAAACCAAGGAUGAAUACUUUUUCAAGAUUUUAAAUCUAUCUAUUCUGUAUAAAGCAGGAACCAUUGAGGAGUAUAAGUAUACCAAGUUUCCAAUUAUGCUCAAGGUAUGUGAUUCUAUUAGCUUGAUAUACAAGCUUACAAAUAAUGAAUAUCUUGAUAGGGAGGUUCUCAAUCCUGAGAAUAACAAAAAUCAGUUUUUCAGGACUAUCAACAUCACUUUGGUACUUCAGGUCCAAAUAUUUAAUGCAUUAUCUAAUUCAUACGACAACAUUAGUAAUUUGAUCACUACGAAUUGGUCGCCUUGCUUAGACUUGGGAAUAAUUUCCCCUCCUAUAAAUAAUUCGUUGAAAUUAUCAUCAGGAAACUAUCAAAUGCUGUCCCAGCCAGCUGCUCCUUUGUCAGUCUCGGCUCAAGCUCCUGCUGUUCCUUCGAAAGUUUCAAACGCUAGGAAAUCUGCUCUUAUUAAUAUGUACAAGGUAAAGAGUCCAAAUGCGUUGCAUUCUUCGGGGUUAAUGUCAUCUCCUAGUGGCAUAUUCUCUAGCAACAUAAAUUCAAAGAGCAAACAUGGUAAGUCGCUCCUAAGUACUUCGGCGUCGUCCGUGACUGUAAAUUUAACAACAAAUGGUAAUUCUACGUUGUCCGGUUUGAAAUUGACAUUUCAAGGUAGUUUGAGUAUAAAAUCAGGAGCGGUGACUGAAUGGAAGGUGCAAGCCAUUAAUUUGUCACCAUCUAAAUUAAAUAUACGCCUAAUGACCCAAGACAGAGCUGUUCAAACUAAGCAGAAUUUGUAUCCUGCUAGUAACUCGUCUUCCAAUCUCGUUACUUCAAAUAGUGCUGAUUCAAAGACUGAUAUUCUAGUAUAUAGUAAAUAUCAGCUUUAUUCAUUAUAUAAUUCCUUGAGAGUCGUCUCUUCCGGAGUUUUUAUUUUGGAUAAUGAUAUCCAAAUAGGUCCUCUUGAAUGCAACUCAGUAUUCGAGACAAGCUUAAGGAUUUUAGGUGUGAGCAAAGGGAUAUACAAUUUAGAUGGUUUAAAAAUUUUCGAUACAAUCAGUGGGGACGGAUUAGAUUUCGGGAAAUUGGUAGAAGUAUUCGUUGUUUGA